AUGCCGAAGACAUCGAGAAGGACAUUUGGUAUCACGCGACGCAGAUGGGCAUGCUCACUGUGCGCGUGUACUACCUCCUGUUGCUCGAGACAUGAUCGCGGACAACAUCGCCCUCAAGGAGUCGCGGACUACCUCGCCGAGCAUACCGAGUCUCUCGCCACUCUGCUCACUAAAUGGCUCGAGGAUCCAGCCGUCCGACGCCCCGCAGCGUCCUCGCUGUUGAACGACAGCUUUGCAACGGCCUUGCUAACGCGUUGCCGCGGACCACCGGCCACUGCGAACCCGAGCACGGACCCAAGCGGUGUGACCUCCGGUGCACCGGCUCAGGACGAGAGCGAGCCCGUUCAGCAAACGCUCGACAUGGACGGUGAUGAGCCGAUGCGACCCGUCGAAGAGCAACAACUUGCUGGCCCCCGUCGCUCGACUCGAUUGACCGGAGCUGGUGCUGGCAAAACGGCAGCCUCCCGGUCAGUCACCUCGGAACCUCAGCCGCACGCGAGCACUUCCGGCGGUACCCGUGGACCGUCUCUUCCGCCGGUACCCCAGCCUCGCGGUCGCGGUGGACCUGGAAAUCGUCGUGCUCGUGGUCAACCACGGCCUCGCGGUCAGCAAGGGCGUGGCAGUCAACCGCCCGAUACGAGCGACGACGCUAUCAUUCAGGGUGGCCUCCCUGCAACCACGCAGCACUUGUACUGUGUACUCAUCAAUAUCCUCGUGCCGCCAUCUAUGCCUCUCACGUCGUUCCCCGCUCGCUGUGGCCCUUCAUGUACAAUACUCUGCUGUGACUCUGUGAUGACAUUUCAUGACACUGAUCUCGCCGAGUCGUUUGACUUUGCUCAUGUCACGCCAGUUUACAACAUUGAGAGGUCGAGGCACGAGGAUGACCAAGAGCAAGCGAGCGCACACGAAUUCAUGAACAAAGAAGGGCGCGAGCCCCAGACACUGCCAUUGGCAAGACAAGGGAAUACAUCCCAGAGAGCGCGAGUACGGGAUAGGCCAGGACAUUUCUGCUGUUUCCAAAACGAUAGGCCCCUCAUCAAAAAUGCGUACACGGGCGGAGAGCGUCGGAUCUUGCCUUCAAGCACAGGCGAUGCGAUUGAACUUGCAAAAGAGCAACUCUGCGGAGUGGUAAUCAACGUACAAGAGCACACACCGGCCAAGGGAGGAUGA